AUGCGUAUUCCUCCCUUCCUGGUCGCCACUUUGGCGACAUGUGUUUUUGCUAGAGUGCAUGCCGCAGGUCCUGUUCAUACGGUCUCCCUUGAACAAUCACUACCAGAAACAGAAUCUCAUCUGAACGCCCGUGAUGCCCCUAACAAUUUGGACUAUCGCUGUGGCCCCAAGAUCGGCAAAUGCCCAGUCGGUACAUGCUGCUCUAGUGCAGGCUUCUGUGGCACGUCUAAGGCACACUGUCGCUCUCCAGACUGCAAGAUUGACUAUGGUAAAUGUGACGCUCACAAAUCACCUUCGGGGCCCCCAACCAAGGAGAUCCCUCGUCCUCAUGUUGGGCAAGUUCCCUAUGGCCCUCGCGAGAUUCGUUCAUGUGCUAUCCCAGGAACUGUUGCGUUGACCUUCGACGAUGGCCCGACACGUUACACUGGCGAUCUGCUCGAUCUGCUUGACAAAUACGAUGCAAAGGCCACAUUCUUCAUCACUGGCAUCAAUAACGGAAAGGGUGCCAUCGAUGACCUCACCUUACCUUGGGCUUCAGUGAUCGAACGAAUGCACUCGAGUGGCCACCAGAUCGCUAGUCAUACUUGGUCGCAUGAGGACCUCAGCAAGAUCACUCCUACACAGCGCACUGAGCAGAUUGAAAAGAACGAAGCUGCGCUGCGCAAUAUCCUCGGACAUUUCCCCACCUAUAUGCGACCGCCCUAUUCCAGCUGCAGCCCUGACACAGAAUGCGGAGAGGAGCUGGGCAAGCUUGGGUACCACAUCGUUUUAUAUGACAUUGACACAGAUGACUACAAGAACGACAGUCCGGACCUGAUUCAGCGGUCCAAGGACAUUUUUGAUCACCAGCUCUUGUAUAGCGAUCCACGCAGCAAGUCCUGGCUUGUCAUUGCCCAUGACGCCCAUGAACAGACUGUCCACAACCUCACGGAGCACAUGCUCAAGGGCAUCAAACGGCAGGGGUAUCGUGCCAUUACUGUCGGUGACUGUCUCCGAGAUCCCAGGCCCCUCUGGUACCGCAAGGAUAGUCGGAUUCCCACUCACAAGAGUAAGCCCAAGAAGUCUGCUUCGGCAGAUCCCAACAAGCCGAUCUCUUGGGACGGCUCCUGCGGUUCAAAUUACACUUGCCUUGGGUCAAUCUAUGGCUAUUGCUGCAGUAGCACCAACUCUUGUGGCAACUCCACCAGUCAUUGUGGAAGCGGUUGCCGAAAAGAUGCCGGAUAUUGUUCUGUCGAGGCUCCUUUCAAUGGCGAUGCCUGGGACCCCAAGGUCGAAACCAAGGGCCACAAGUCAGAAGCUGAUUCUGAUCUCCGAACCAUUGGCACUGCGGCUGCAACAUCGUUGUUCCUUGCUUUGAUCGUUGCGAUGUGGAUGUGA